GUUCUCAAAGCUCAGUCAGCAUUUGACUCAGUUGUGGCAAGGGAUCUAGGAAUUCCACUUGUCAGUUGCUCCCGAAAUCAAGUGCAUCCCCAGCUAAAAUGUCAAAGUUGGACCAGGUCCUUAUCCUCGACCCUCCCUCCGACCUCAGAUUUAAAGGUCCUUUUACAGAUGUAGUCACCACCAAUCUGAAACUGAAGAACCCCUCUGACAGAAAAGUAUGUUUCAAGGUAAAGACGACAGCACCGCGGAGGUACUGUGUACGACCAAACAGCGGUGUCAUCGAAGCCGGAGCAGCUGUCAACAUAUCUGUCAUGCUGCAGCCCUUCGACUAUGACCCCAAUGAAAAAAGUAAACAUAAAUUCAUGGUGCAGACAAUUUUUGCACCACCAAAUGUGUCUGACAUGGAUUCAUUGUGGAAAGAUGCAAAACCCGAUGAUCUCAUGGAUUCCAAGCUGAGAUGUGUCUUCGAGCUGCCUUCUGAAAACGAUAAAGUGAAUGAAGUGGAGGCGAUCAAAGCAGCCCCGGUGAUGAACUCUGUGAAGGCCGAGUCGUUGGCAUCCACAGUGCCCGCCGCUGCCUCACCGGACGAUUCGGACCUGAAGAAAGCACAGGACAAGUGCAAGAGGCUGCAGAUUGAAAAUAGCAAGCUGGCCGAGGAGAACCGGCAAUUAAAGGAUGAAGGUCUUAGACUGAGAAAGGUACCCCGCUCAGACCACAUGACAUCAAACUCUACUAGCCUCCUGGGCAGAGAAGCCAGCCCUGCCUCCCUGCCCUCCCUCCUUGUUGUGAUAGCAGCCAUCUUCAUCGGAUUCUUCCUAGGGAAGUUCAUGUUGUAGACUGGGAGAUGCAUGCCAGCCGUAUCCCCCUCCGGAAUCAAAAAGGCUCGGAAAAAGUAAAAAAACCAAGAAGUCCUUCUGUUGACUUUGCCAUAUCAUUGGUAGUGAACACAUCUGUACAGCAUCAUUUGAAGGCGUCGCCUUUUUACAAUCUCACACGGUUAGUCCACACACACCACACAGAAAGAAAGAGAUGAGAAAGGAAAGGCGACAAAAAAAGCGAUCGUUCCCUUUUUUGUUUUUCUGUUUUUGAUGGCUGGAUAUCCAGGUAAUGUGGUGGGACACUGAAAGUUGUAUUCUAUCAUCAGUUAUGGAAGUUACACCCAUGGGCAAGAGGCCGUCAAACAACUAGGGUUUUUUUUUUUUUUUUCCUCUUGUUUUUUAAUAGGAGUUCAAUGGAAUUUUAGGUGUGUUGUAAAUGUUGUUUUAAAUCCUUUUAAAUACAAAAGGAAAUGAGUUCAAUCAAGAAGACCUUGCUACCAGUUGCUGGAUUGCCUCUGAAGUAAUUUUGUUCAGUUUGUAAUUUCUUCUACUUGUCAUGGAAUGUUCAGGUCCAGCUGGGGAUAUAGGUGCCUCUUUCUUGUAUAUUUCUGUCCUUUCCUCUUCCUGACACACACCAAUGCAGACUUUAUAUUAUUAUUAUUAUUAUUAUUAUUAUUAUUAUUAAUAUUAUUAUUAUUAUUAUUAUUAUUAUCAUACACAGCGUAUAUUCCUUCUGAGGCAAAUAUUGACUGAAAUAAGGUCUCCAUUCUUACAAUCCUGUUCCAUGGUAUUAAGCAUUGAAGAAAUAAAAUUUUAAAAAUGUGGUUUUGAUAGCUGUCUUUUCCUGCGUCUCUCUUCAAUAAUACACUCAUGUUUUUUCUUUCUUUUUUUUUAAUUGGAACGCUAACAUGAGUCUGCUGUUCUCAUGAGCCAAGGUUUCUGUCAGUAUCAGAGCCAAUGUUUGGGAACUGGAGAUUGUGUUUUGUUUUUUU